GAAAUAAACCCGCAGUGCUGACAGUACAUCUGAAGAAGAUAGUGGGACCGCUAAAGAAGACAUCUGUGUCGGUAACAAGAGACGAUUGUGAACAAAUAGCCAGGCUCUUCAUUCUUAAAGUGAUUCAAAGCACGAUCAAAGUCUGUAGUCGAACGAUAUCGCAGGACGCAGUGAACUUGUUUAUCCAUUUCUGCUUGGGCGGUUGACUUAUAAAUCGCCGAGGCGAAUGGUUUCAAACCACACAGAGUUCUAUCUGUUGUAGCCUACAGGAGGCAGACAUAUUGUAAACGAGAACAAGACAGUCACUGAAAAGAGCCAAGAUGGCGGUCUUCAGCUCGGGCUACUGCAAGAUCACUGGCCUGUCGAAGGCCAUGCCGGAGUCUCACUUCAUCCCGAUAAUGCCUGCGCUGUCUCAGAGCGAGCAGGCUCAGCUGUUCGGCUGCAAAAUCACCAUGGCGGCACACAUGGACCACCACUACGUACCCGUUAUCGAGUUCGGUAAGGGCAAGGGCCCGGGCGUGGUCGCCUGCAAGAUCACCGGCCACCAGGCCGAGAGUGUGGCUCGAUCGGUGCCGCUGCCUGAGGAGGGCGCUGAGGUGAAACGCGUGCAUCGCUUCAAGAGGGACCUUCGCUACAUGGAGCCAUUUGUUAGUCGACUCGCCAAUGCAGGCGAACGGGCUGCAAUGGAUGAACUGCUGGAGAAAAUGCGCACCACCACGCAGCUGGACCCGGCGCAGUACUUUGUGUACUCACUUCACGACCGGCGCACGGGUAAGACUGGCAUGGUUCUGUCGUACGAGUAUGAAGAAGCGAUCCGUUCAGGAGCGAUUGAGAGCAUCCUUCUCUCCGGCGACAGCAACAGCCUGGUCGUGCGUAUCAAAGAUGGCCCGAUGUGUACUAUUCCCAUGGAUAAAGUUGGCAAGAUGCAAAUUGAGCGUCUGUCGGAGGAUGAGAUGCUCUUCGACGGACGCGGUCCUGACCGUGAAAUUAUUGAACAGCAGCGACGUGAAAAAGCAGCGAGGGAGAAGGAAGACAGAGAACAGAUGGCGGAAUACCUUGCGGAGAUGGAGCGAAAACGGAAGGAGCGCGAUCUUCGCAAAAAGGAAAAGAUGAAAGAAACAAUGAAGCGGAAGAUGGCAGAAGCGGAGGAGGCCGAAAAACGUCAAAAGGCGAUGGAUGAAGAGAUCAAAAGACAGUACGAAGACGCUGCACGUAUUCGUGCAGAGGCUGAAGCAGCAAAGGCGGCUGCUCGGGAAGCGAUGCUCGAAAAACGAGCUCAAAAGGACGCGGAAGCCCGCGCCCGGCGCGCCGAGGAACUGGCCGAGCAGGCGCGGCUGGCCGAGGAGCAGCUGCAGCGCGAGGAGGCCGAAAGGCAGGCGCAGGAGGAGGCGCGCCUGGCGCAGGAGGCCGCCGCCGCUGAGGCGCUGGCCGCUGUCGACCCGCACGACAUGUCCGUCAACGAGCUGCUCGAGCACAUGCGCGAGAGGACAGAGGAUGAGGCACUUUUGCGAGACAUGGAAGAGGCGGCCAGCAUCGGCAUGUCAUCAAAACAGCUCGCGGAUAUGGUUAUCACUUCCACCAUCGAGGCCAUCGAGGAGGAGUUCGCUGAACCAGAGGAAGAAGAUGAGGAGGAGGAAGAGGAGGAAUCUGAAGAUGAAGAGGACGGUAUUGAAGAUUUAGAAGUAGGAAAACCAAGAGAUGACCAAGUGGAUGCACAAACUGAAGGCAUGACAGAAGAAGAGAGAAGAAAGGCCGAAGAAGAAAGAAAGAUAGAAGAGGAGAUGCUCCGACAGCUUCGCGAGGAACAGCUUGAAAUGAAGCGCAAGGAAAGAGAAGCCAAGAGACUGGAGAGACAGCGUAAGCGUGAGGAGCUAGAACGCAAGGAAGAAGAAAAGCGACUCAAGAAGGAGGCCCGUGAAAGAAGAAGAGGGAGAUGAUGGAGCGGAUGGCGGCCAUUCACAAAGCAGACGCCGCCGAGGAGGCGGAGCGCAUGAAGAAGCCAGAGAAGCGGGAAAUCAAGCCUCGAGAGCUACUGCGUCGGAAACAAAGACCAGCGGAUCUCCAGAUUCCGCCAGCGGAGGCGC